UGUUUUCAGUUAAGUUUUUAAGACGUUUCUAAGCUUUUUGUCUUCUUUCUCAUAGUAAAAAGCAAGAAGAAAUAAAGUUGAUUCAUCAGGUUAACUGAGUUGUUGAAAGUUGUGGCCCACCAGCUGAAACCAUGGGACAAACGCAAAGGACCUCCUACCUGGCUGCUGUGCUGAUGUUCUGGCUGCUGGUCGUUAGGAAGAGUCAUGCAAGUGUAAAAUGUAAGGCUCAGCUUCUCGUGGCUUUGAGUCGGACACAUGGGAGUCGCAGGUUCCUGGCUUUGAGUUUAUACCACAGUACCGGGUUUCUGCAGCCCAGCCUCAGGUUCCUCACUAUCCAUCAGUUCAUUCUGAGAUGCAUUACCUAACAUUGGGGCCCAAAGCACUUCACAGCCAGUCCAACCGAAAAGACCAGGGUCAGAGGCAAGAACGCCAACCAGCGCUUCAACCCCAGGCACCUGGCUACCAGCUAAAAUCUCUUCCUUGGUCACCCAACUACAAAGAACAAACAGGCCUUGGUCACCAGCAAAGACCUCUGCCUCUGGGGUAUAGCUACCUGCAAAAACCUGAGAACCAGGUACUUGGUCAUCUCCAAAGACCUCACUCCCAAAAUCGUGGUUACCUCAAGGUAUCUGAGCCGGAGGUACCAAGCCGCCAGCAGAGACCUCAGACUCAAGAUCAUGGCUACUCUAAGAAACCUAGUUCUCUGGUACUAAAUCAGCAGCAGGGAACACAACCAGGGGUUUUCAGUUUUCCCCCCAAAUCUGACCUUGAGGUUCCAAGUCAACAGAGAACCAAACAUCACCAAAACAGUCACAGUUACUUCCUAAAACCACAACCUGAAAUGCCAGCCCAUCAACAGAGGCUUCAAAGUCACCUCCAGAAACCCCAACCUGAGGGGUCAGCCCAGCAGAGACCUCCUGGUUACCUCCAGAAACCUCAACCUGAGGUAUCAGCCCAGCAGAGACCUCCUGGUUACCUCCAGAAACCCCAACCUGAGAGGUCAGCCCAGCAGAGACCUCCUGGUUACCUCCAGAAACCUCAACCUGAGAGGUCAGCCCAGCAGAGACCUCCUGGUUACCUCCAGAAACCUCAACCUGAGGUAUCAGCCCAGCAGAGACCUCCUGGUUACCUCCAGAAACCCCAACCUGAGAGGUCAGCCCAGCAGAGACCUCCUGGUUACCUCCAGAAACCUCAACCUGAGGUAUCAGCCCAGCAGAGACCUCCUGGUUACCUCCAGAAACCCCAACCUGAGAGGUCAGCCCAGCAGAGACCUCCUGGUUACCUCCAGAAACCUCAACCUGAGGUAUCAGCCCAGCAGAGACCUCCUGGUUACCUCCAGAAACCCCAACCUGAGAGGUCAGCCCAGCAGAGACCUCCUGGUUACCUCCAGAAACCCCAACCUGAGAGGUCAGCCCAGCAGAGACCUCCUGGUUACCUCCAGAAACCUCAACCUGAGAGGUCAGCCCAGCAGAGACCUCCUGGUUACCUCCAGAAACCCCAACCUGAGAGGUCAGCCCAGCAGAGACCUCCUGGUUACCUCCAGAAACCCCAACCUGAGAGGUCAGCCCAGCAGAGACCUCCUGGUUACCUCCAGAAACUCCAACCUGAGAGGUCAGCCCAGCAGAGACCUCCUGGUUACCUCCAGAAACCUCAACCUGAGGUAUCAGCCCAGCAGAGACCUCCUGGUUACCUCGAGAAACCCCAACCUGAGGGGUCAGCCCAGCAGAGACCUCCUGGUUACCUCCAGAAACCUCAGUAUGAGAUGCCAUCUAAUCGGCAAAGACUUCAACCCAGUGAUUAUUUUCAGAAACCACAUAAGGAGCUAAGUACUCUACAAAGACAACCUCAAAUGCCUGAUUCCCAUGAGAAACCUGAGGCCCAAGUAUUGAGGCAUCAAAAGAGACCUGCUUUCCAAAGCCUUGGUUACCCAGAGGCUCCUCUGGCCAGAGUUUCAAACUACCAGCUGAAACCUCAUCUUCAAAUUCAUGGCUAUUCACAAAAGCCUGAGGCCAAGGUUUUUGAAAACCAGCAGAGAAAACGGGCCCAGAGUCAUGGUAACCCCAACAAACCUCAGUCUGAGGUACCAAGUCACCACAGAAGACCUCAGCCCCAAGGGCAGAGCCACCAACAAAUGAUCCCGUCUCACGGGCCUCGAUCCCUGUUGUCUAACUACUUUAAACAAUCUGUUCCUCAAACAUCGAGUAACCAGCAAGAGUUUCAACAGGGUGGACUUGGUUAUCGGCUGAAUUCUCAGUCACUGCCUCAAAGCUACCAACAGAGACCUGGGCACCACAAGUCUCCUGUCCAGGAACCUAAUCAUCAGCUCCAGAGCACAAGACACAAACUGGGUUCCGAGGCACAGUUUUCAGACCUUCAGCAGAACCCCCUGUACCUUCAGAGACCCACCUACCAGGAGCAACCUGAACUUCAAGGAGCCAGGUCCAAGCAGCAGAAGUCUAGUAACAAGCAGGAGCUUCAGUCAGAGAAGUCAAGCCGCCAGAUGAGGCCUGGCCUACAGGGCACAAGGUUUGUGCAAGGGUCUCAGCGCCAAAUGCCUUUUCCACCGGGACUUCAGCCCCAAGGAACGGCUCGACGGACACCUCAGGCCCAAGAGGAGUACAAGGAAGCGUCAGAGGCCCAAUUCCCAAACCCUCUGCAGGGAUUCGCACCUCGGAUGCUAAGACACAGGCAGGGCUCAAUGGCUCAACAGCAGGGAUCUCAACCGCACACUCUACAGCCACAAGGGCCUCAAGCAUCAGACCACAGGCAUGGUCCUUGGCUCUGGCCUUCAAGAUAUGCCAUGUUUGGCUCUCCAGGCUCCAACCAUAACGAGGAAUGAAAAAGGUCAAAGGUGAGCCUGAACCCCUUUGGUGUCAUGUUGGGUCAAUGUUUUCUAAAUAAAAUUUAUUUUUCAGUGACUGACUCUCUGCAGCCGUAGAGUCAAAGAAGACGAGCUUUAAAUAUUGUUUUUCACUUUCGUUUUGGACUUUCAUGCAGGUUUUUUUGGAUUAAAACUGUCAUGAAGCCUUUU